AUGGCCAGCUCCAGGCUGGGCCUCCCACUGCUGCUGACUGCCCUCCUCGGACCUUCAGAGGCUCAGCACUGGUCUCACGACUGGUACCCCAGAGGAAAGGUAGCCUGCAGCUCAUCCCAGCAUCCCUAGCAUGCCCUAAGACCCCCAGAUGGGAAGGGUCCUGAGCCAGCCCAGAUUAUCCAUAGCCUCCCAAGCGAUGCCCUGGCUCCCCCUGCGGACGCUGUGCACUGGGCAGGCAGGACCACAGGCCAGUGACUCCUCAGCAGGAAGCAACCCUUGACCGGCCCAGAGCGCCGCUCCCUGCCGCCCUCCAAUAAAG